AUGGCCCUGAAACUUCCUACCGAUUUACCCAUUCAUUCAUUCCCCACCGCUCAAGCGCUAGAGGUGUUUCUUGAGCGCGAGCAUACGACCGCACCAGGAUUCUAUCUUAAAUUUGCAAAAAAGGCAUCCGGAUUCCAGUCUGUAUCCGUGCCGCAGGCCGUAGAAACUGCCCUAUGUUUUGGCUGGAUUGACGGUCGAGCGAAUCGAUUCGACCAGGACUGGUGGCUGGUGCGGUACACCCCUCGUCGAGCGAAGAGUAUCUGGUCCCAAAAGAAUGUCAACACGGCCCAUCAAUUGAUAGAAAACGGUCGCAUGCGCCCAGCUGGACUAGCUGCAGUGGAGGCUGCGAAAUCUGAUGGCCGGUGGCACCGUGCGUAUGCCGGCUCAGCCACUAUAAUUGUCCCUGAUGAUUUUCGGGUCGCUUUGGAAUCAGUGCCCUUUGCUACCCCCUUUUUUGAAACGUUGAACAAAACCGAUCGCUAUACUGUUUUGUGGCGCAUUGAAACAGCUUCCCCCACAUCUAGGGGCAAACGAAUCGACAAGUUGGUCCAAAUGCUGGCGGAGAGACAAGUACCCACUUCCCUGACGUCCGUGGGAAAACGCAAAAGGCAAUCAAAUGAAGAAAAUUCUUAA